UCCCGUGCGCGCGCUCCGUCCGCGGUCUUUGUGUGUGGAGAUGGAGGCGCCGGAGGGCGGGGUGUGCGGGGUGUGCGGGGUGAAGGUGAUGUGCCGCUUCAGGCCGCUGAACGAGGCGGAGCAGAGCCGAGGAGACAAAAGCGUCCCCAAAUUCAACGGAGAGGACACGGUGGUGGUGGCGGGGAAGCCGUACGUGUUCGACAGAGUCCUUCCUCCCAACAGUGAACAAAUCCAGGUGUACGACACCUGCGCCAAGCAGAUCGUCAGAGAUGUGCUGGGAGGCUAUAAUGGAACCAUCUUUGCUUAUGGGCAAACGUCAUCAGGGAAGACCCACACCAUGGAGGGGACCCUCCACGACCCCCGCCUCAUGGGGAUCAUCCCUCGGAUCGCCACAGACAUCUUCGACCACAUCUACUCCAUGGACGAGAACCUGGAGUUCCACAUUAAGGUGUCUUAUUUUGAAAUCUAUCUGGAUAAAAUCAGAGACCUGCUGGACGUGUCGAAGACCAACCUCGCAGUCCACGAGGACAAAAACAGAGUUCCUUUUGUGAAGGGCUGCACCGAGCGUUUUGUUUCAAGUCCCGAAGAAGUGAUGGACGUCAUCGACGAGGGAAAAGCAAACCGGCACGUCGCCGUCACCAACAUGAACGAGCACAGCUCUCGGAGUCACAGCAUCUUCCUGAUCAACAUCAAGCAGGAGAACGUGGAGACGGAGCUGAAGCUGUCGGGGAAGCUGUACCUGGUGGACCUGGCAGGCAGCGAGAAGGUGAGUAAAACCGGAGCAGAGGGCGCCGUGCUGGACGAGGCCAAGAACAUCAACAAGUCUCUUUCUGCUCUGGGGAACGUCAUCGCAGCUCUGAGUGAAGGAACGAAAACUCACGUCCCGUAUCGAGAUAGUAAGAUGACCCGGAUCCUGCAGGACUCUCUGGGGGGAAACUGCCGGACCACCAUCAUCAUCUGCUGCUCGCCGUCUGUGUACAACGAGGCUGAAACCAAGUCCACGCUCAUGUUUGGACAGAGAGCUAAAACCAUUAAAAACACGGUGUCUGUGAACCUGGAGCUGACCGCCGAGGAGUGGAAGAAGAAGUACGAGAAGGAGAAAGAGAAGAAUCGCAGCCUGAGCGUGAUGAUCCAGAAGCUGGAAAACGAGCUGAAGCGCUGGAGGAAAGGCGAGUCUGUUCCUGUGGAGGAGCAGCUGAGCAGCAGGAGCAAGAAGAGCAGCAGCGACACGCCGGCGGUGGCGGACAGCUUGGCCCCGCCCCCCGCCCCUCUCUCUGACGAGGAGAAGACGCAGUACGAGACGCUGAUCUCCGACCUGUAUCAGCAGCUGGACGACAAGGACGACGAGAUCAACCAGCACAGUCAGUCCUGCGAGAAGCUCAAGCAGCAGCUGUCGGACCAGGACGAGCUGCUCCUGUCGAGUCGCCAGGACUACGAGCGGCUGCAGGACGAGCUGUCCCGCCUGCAGAAGGACAGCGACUUGGCUAAAGACGAGGUGAAGGAGGUCCUGCAGGCGCUGGAGGAGCUGGCCGUCAACUACGACCACAAGAGCCAGGAGGUGGAGAACCAGAACCGCCGCAACCUGCAGCUGAACGAGGAGCUGGCAAACAAAACGGGGAGUCUGGAGGCGGUGGAGCGGGAGCUCAGCACUCUGCAGGAGAUCAGCACCCAUCACAAGAAAAGGUCUUCAGAGAUCCUCAGCCAGCUCCUCAGGGACCUGGGUGACAUUGGAAACCUGCUGGGGACCACCGACCUCCGGACGACGACCGAGGUCGGCGGGCUGAUGGAGGAGGAGUUUACCACGGCUCGUCUCUACAUCAGCAAGAUGAAGUCAGAAGUCAAGUCUCUGGUGAGCCGCAGCAAGCAGCUGGACAUCAGCCUGAUGGAGAACAGCUCCCGGGCCGAGGCCACGGAGAAGGAGCUGGGCUCCUGCCAGCUGCUGGUCACUCAGCUCCAAGCCAAGCUGGGCUCUCUGACUGAAGACCUGCAGCGGGUGGAGCAGAAGAAGAGGCAGCUGGAGGAGAGUCAGGAUGCUCUCAUGGAGGAGAUCGCCAAGCUGCACGCUCAAGGACAAAUGCACGAGGUUACAGUGAUGGACAAAGAGAAAGAGCAUAUGAGCAGGCUGAAGGACGCUGUGGAGAUGAAGAGAACACUGGAGGAGCAGAUGGAGAACCACCGAGAAGUUCAUCAGAAGCAGCUGAGUCGGCUGAGAGACGAGAUCGAUCAGACUCACAGAGAGGUGGAGCAGCUGAAGGACUUGAGUCAGGCUCUGCAGCUGGAGAACAGGAAGCUGCAGGCGGACAUGGACAGACUGAGAGGCGAGAACCACGUCAAAGACCAGAAGCUGCAGCGGCUGCAGUCUCUGAAUGAGAAGAGGGAGCAGGCCAAGGAGGACCUGAAGGGUCUGGAGGACACGGUGGCCAAAGAGCUGCAGACGCUCACCCACCUCCGCAAACUCUUCAUCCAGGACAUGGGCACCCGGGUGAACAAUGUCUCAGAGAACUCGGACGAGGCCGGCGGCAGCCUGGCUCAGAGGCAGAGGAUCAUCUUCCUGGAGAACAAUCUGGAGCAGCUCAGCAGGGUGCACAAGCAGCUGGUCCGAGACAACGCGGACCUUCGCUGCGAGCUGCCGAAGCUGGAGAAGCGUCUGCGGGCGACGGCGGAGCGGGUGAAAGCUCUGGAGACGGCCCUGAGGAACGCCAAGGAGUCGGCGGUGAGGGACCGCAAGCGCUACCAGCAGGAGGUGGACCGCAUCAAGGAGGCCGUCCGCUGCAAGAACGUGUCCCGCAGAGGACAGUCGGCCCAGAUCGCCAAGCCAAUCAGAGCGGGGCAUCAGCACCACCACCAGGCCGCCGCCUCCUCCGCCCUCAGACAGGCCGUCAGAGGCGGCGCCGCGUCCAGGCCUCGCCAUCACUCCCCUCAGCAUCCGGGGGCGCAGCAGCCCCCCCAGCAACAACCGCAGCAACAGCCGCAGCAACAGCACAAGUAG